AUGACAUCCCAAGAACAAGAUGUCUUUCACGCCAUCCUCCACCCAGACGACAUGUACGAUGAAAACGGCACCUAUUGGGCUGACAUGCCACUUGGCCAGCGCCUCAAAUUUGUCAACAAGGUCGACAGCCAGGAAACGAAGAAAGAGGCCUCAUCCAUCUGGACAAUGUUCAAGACCGACCCGCUCGCGCCCGUGGGUUACUAUCUGAAGAACAUGGUUCUUCCCGGUGCCGGUCUCGGAUUGGAGGGUUAUGUGCUGUUCUCUAUUGGCAACGUCAGGCCGCUUCUUCAAGCUGCGUUCCCCACGUGCUGGAAGACAAACGAGGUUUGCGAUAAGCGCUGGACCGAGGCCGUAGACUACCUUGAGAUUAUUGGUAUCAUUGUUGGUCAAAUCCUCGUUGGAUAUCUCGGUGACUACCUCGGUCGUCGAUGGGGCCUUAUCCAGGACGCCAUGAUCAUGUUCAUCGGAUUGCUCAUGCUCACUGCGUCGUGGGGCGUCACCCUAGAAGGCUGGGUCAUCUGCUACGCUUGGUCCCUAUUCUUCUACGGAAUUGGUGUUGGUGGGGAGUACCCCAUGACUGCUACUUCUGGUAUGGAGAACGCUGUUGGUUCCGGUAAGGUCUCAACCAAGGACGAUCGGCUCCACCGUGGCCGCAAGGUUACUAGCGCUUUCCUGAUGCAGGGCUGGGGCCAGUUCUUCAACCAGGUUAUUCUCAUCGUCUUACUCCUCAUUUUCCACCACGGCAGCGGUAACCCGCCUUACUCCAAGGUCGCCGCGCAAUGGACGUACCGCGUCUCUUUCGCCAUCCCGGCAGUCGGCACCCUCUGGCUCGUCUACUACCGCUACUACAAGAUGCGCUCCGCAAGCAAGCAGCUCAUGAUCAGUAAGAAAAAGGGCAACGUUACCGGAUACGACACCAAGUCGCUGAAGAUGACUCUGACCUACUUUGGCCCUCGCCUGAUAGCCACAGCGGGUGCUUGGUUCGCCAACGACGUCUUCUUCUACGGCAACAAGCUGUUCCAGAAUGAGUUCAUCAAGGUUAUCACGCCCAAUGGCAGCACCGUCAUGACCGGCUGGCUCUACAACUUGAUCAAUGUUGGCGUUUCGCUUUGCGGCUACUACUUGGCAUCGUUCCUCAUCGACAACAAACUGUAUGGCCGCAAAUGGAUGAUGAUCGUCGGAUUCAUGGCCGACUUCAUCCUGUUUGUUGUUCCUGCGUUCAAUUUCGAGUUCUUCACUACUCCUGAACACGUGCACGCGUUCCAGGCCAUGUACUUCCUUUCUUCCUUCUUCAACCAGUUCGGCCCCAACAGCGUCACCUUCCUCGUCGCUGCCGAAGUCUUCCCGACCCCCAUCCGCGCCACUGCCCACGGUUUUUCCGCCGCGAUCGGAAAGGCCGGUGCUCUUCUCGCCUCCGUCCUCUACAACUACAUCGACACGCAAACCAAGUUCUACGUCGUACCGUGGUUUGGUCUGGCUGGUGCCCUCCUCACAUGGCUCUUUCUCCCCGAUACCACUGGUCUCGACCUCAAGGAGCAAGAGCGCCGCUGGUCCUACAUUCGUGCAGGCAAAGAGCAGGACUACCACGGCAUCGCCAUCCACUGGAAACAUCUUUCCGUGUGGGAGCGCUUCCGCGGCAUUCACAAGGCUUAUGAUGCGCGCCUCGACUACGAGGCGAAGAUCAACGAGAUGCGCACCGAAUGGGUCGAGCACCAGCAGAACAAAUUCGCGGACGAUCUCAAGGGGCACGAGGACUUUGACGACAACGAGGGCGAAUUUGAGAAGGGCGUGCACGAUUACUUCUCGAGGACGGCGCCAGAUAGCUUGAAGGGGCACCGGCGCGUUGAGAAUAAUAAUGGGGUUUUGGGGGAGAAGAUUGAUAGGGAGAGUGAGAGUGGAGGGAGCACGGUUGCGGAUGCCGAUCGGAUUUCUGAGAAGAGAGCUUAG